AUGAUCUUAGCAAACAAAUGGGUUCUUAACAAAACCGACGUUCCAUGUUUCUUCCUUUUCAUGCAACUUUCCAUCGCUGUCGUACUAUUGGUCAUAUCGCAUUACUUCAAGCUUAUACACCUAACUCUCAGACUUGAUCCGACAACCGUUAAGGCUCUGGCCCCGAUGAUUUCCAUUAAUGUCCUUGGACUCAACUUCAACAACUUGACACUUAAAUUUGUAGAUGCAUCAUUCUACCAGGUCGCUCGUGGACUUCUUCUCCCCAUCACCGUAGCUCUCUCCCAUGUGUUCCUGCACACGCGCCCGCCCGUUCGCAUUCUUUGCUCGUGUGCGGUCGUGACUCUCGGAUUUUUUGUCGGUAUUCUCAUUGACUCGCCGUGGACAUUCGGUGGAACUGUCGUUAAGCCACCAUCUCUGAUUGGGGUGACAUUUGGGAUCCUCUCAUCAACAACCACGGCUCUCCACGCGGUCGUCAUUAAACGCUCCCUGGAAGCCGUGAAUGGAAGUACUUUGCAACUUGCUUGGUACUCGAACCUGGUGUCUGCGCUAGUAAUGAUUCCUGUCAUUUUCGUCGCUGGGGAAGUCCCUGCUAUUCUUGAACUUUGGUUGGGUCUGACUCCUGCCGGUGAGGGAGUCAGUCCGCUCGCAACGUUUGUAUGGGGCUCAAUUAUAACGGGAGGAGUUGGAUUUUUGAUUAAUAUUGCAGGAUUCCUAAGCAUUAAAAUCACUUCCCCUAUCACUCAUAUGGUUUCCGCUGCUGUCCGCGGCGUACUGCAAACGUUCUUGAGCGUUGCUUUGUUCAAAGACAUUGUCACCAGGGGCCGUUGGGCUUCAAUCGUCAUCAUACUUGGGGGAUCGAUCUACUAUACAUGGGUCAAAAAUGAAGAAACGGCGGCAGCUCGGCGCAGGUUCAAUGGCUCAGCACCAAAGGACGAAGAGUCAGGAGGUUCCGCUAGGGGAUUUCCCUCUUCACUAAGUGGUAGGCCGAAUGGUGCAUACGAACCUAUUCCGUUACAAGACGUGGGCGAACGAGAGGUGCCGCCAGUGAAGAUCGAGUCGUCGAACGACUUUAAAGGACCAGAGGCGUAAUGAAGAAAGGUUGUGUAAUAUAUAUAUAUCAAGUAGAAGGAUAAUGCUCUUCCGCUUUUUUGUGCUGCCAUCGAUUGUUUCAUUUUCAACACCUGCGCAAGCAUCGUAGACAAGCGGCAUCACUACCAGAGGAUAAUGCGAAUAUACAAAGUAGUAUAGAUAUAUACUAUAUCCCGGGCCGCUCAUCAGUGGAGAGCAGCUUAACCCAUCCGUUACUAGAGUGAUUUGUACAAUACGACGGAUGCAGGCCAUUUGUCUGGCAGUUUGUGCAUAGACUCGCCCAUUGACUUCGUGUGUGUGCGGGUGGCUACACGACGUUGAAGGGUAACUACCAGCAGGGACAAAAAAUUCAAAGGGAGUGGUAUUCAAGAGCUGCACUCAUUGCGCCUUCAACGGCUUCCGAGAUCUUCGUUUACG